AACACUAGUUUCCCUCCACAUCAUCCCAGCCAGACAGCCUUAUUUGCGGAACGGAAACAAGCCAGGACGGACCUACUGCACUCUCUUGCGCAUCGCAGUUUGAAAAGGUGCGCGGAAUCUACUUGAAAGGAGACUUAAUUGGGCUGCCACCGAGACAUUCCGCUUGAAAUUGUUCUCCAGACCGACUCCGCUGCGGCGUUGUAAACUGCUCGGAUAUUCUCCUGAUAUAAACUGCUUGAACUCUGCCCACCCCCUGGGCAUUUUACUGGGGAAAUACAGCACCAAUCCUGGCGUCCGCAGGUUCCGGCGGCCAAAAGCGCAGAUAUCAGGAAAACGACUCGGAGGACAUCGGUUCGCCGGAGCUUAAUUCCGGAACCGAUUUCGCUGCCUCCAGCGCUUUCAGCGCUGUUGGACAGUCGGGUACGCGUGAAAGCAAACGCAUGAGACUUGACGGCAGUGAGGACAUCCUGGGAGAGCCGGCUGACAUGAAGAUCAACGCAGUAUCACCUACUGGCGCCGCAAAUGGGUAUUUGCGUGGGGAGGCAGUUAGUAACGGGAAGGCAAGAGGGCUGCCAAAGAGUCAAAGACAAGAGGAAUUGGUGCGCCUUAUAAUCCAGUCGCUGCAAGAUUUAGGCCUCAGAGAUUCUGCAGAAACAGUUCAACGUGAAUCCGGAUACAGCCUGGAGUCACCAGCUGUAAGCCAAUUUCGCCAAGGAGUGCUGUCAGGAAGCUGGGAAGCAGUGGAAGAUCUAUUGCCGAUCUUGGAUAUUGACGCACAAGACUUUCAGACCAUCAAGUUUCUCAUCCGCGAGCAGAAAUACUUGGAGUUAUUAGAGCAGCAAAAAACGAAGAAAGCGUUGGCUGUCUUACGGCAAGAAUUGGCGCCUAUAAACAUCAAUUUACACAGGCUUCAUGAGCUUUCGAGCUUCAUUAUGUGCACUGAUAUCGACACACUGCGAUCAAAAGCAAACUGGGACGGAGCUGACGGAAAGUCGCGUGCAAUACUUUUAAGCAAACUGCAAAAACAUAUCCCUUCUGCUAUAAUGAUACCGGAGCGUCGUCUCGAUAUUCUACUGGAUCAAGCGAUCCAAUUACAAAAGAUGAACUGCCUGUAUCACAACGUGUCCGAGGAGUCGACCUCGUUGUACGUGGACCAUUCUUGUGAUAGGAACCGAUUUCCGUGCAUCACAACUCACAUCUUUGAAGAGCACGCCGAUGAAGUCUGGUUCCUUGCAUUUUCUCAUGACGGCAAUUAUCUGGCUUCGGCUUCAAAGGAUAUGACCGCGGUUAUUUGGAGUGUGGGGGAAUGGAAACUAGUCCACAUUCUGGCCGGACAUACAAAUGCAAUUUCGUUUCUGGCAUGGAGUCCGGAUGACAGUUUGCUUUUGACCGGGUCCAACGAUAAUUCGCUCAAAGUUUGGGAUCCCAAAACGGGAGGCUGCAUAAGCACCUUCUCUCGACAUACAGACACGGUGACAUCUUGCGCCUGGCUUCCAGAUGGGAAGCAUUUCGUUUCCGGGAGCGUCGACAAACACAUUUACCUGUGGAAUCUCGAGGGCGAACUUGUGCACAAAUGGUCUGGGGUACGCGUGACAGAUCUGGCGGUGGCCAAGGACGGAAAUAUUAUGCUAGCCAUAUCUGAGAAGAAGAUUCGAAUCUAUAAUUUGCUGGAUAAAUCUGAGAUUGGUGCGCUCCCCGAAACAGAUUCUAUCACGUCCGUGAGUAUUGCCGAUGACUGUCAGCAUGUGUUGGUCAAUCUCUCGAUACAGGAGGUUCAUUUGUGGGACCUGGAAGAAAAGCGUCUCGUCCGCAAAUAUGUUGGUCAAAAACAGGGACGAUUUGUCAUUAGAUCAUGUUUUGGUGGACUUCAUCAAAAUUUUGUUCUGAGUGGGAGCGAAGACUCGCUAGUGUACGUGUGGCAUCGAGAACGCGGGGUUCUGAUCGAAUCAUUACCUGGCCAUACAGGUUGCGUCAAUUGCGUUAGUUGGAAUCCGAAACGGAAUAUGUUUGCCUCCGCAUCAGACGAUCACACAAUACGAGUCUGGGGCCUAGCACCAGGCAAUGCUUAAUAGCUCUGCGAUCUUCACCAUUCUGCCUUAGUAUAACUAUCCCUCCCCUUUUUCUUGUGUAUAUGGUAGCGGCUUUUGAAUAUACGCUUUUUUCACCUAA